AUGGUGAUCUCCCAAAGAGUAUUAGUGUUGAGUCGACUGUUGUGUCGAUUAACUGAUCCCAAGAAUAGACAUGAGUUCUGUAAGUAUUGGUCAUCCAAUGAGACAAUCACUAAAUCUUGUGGUAUUAUCUUAAAGCUGAACCAUACGAACAAUGGCUCAAAUGGGAGACAUUGGAUGUCUUCAGAUAUGUUGAGUCUAUUGAACCGCAUAUUUGACACCAUUUUGUUGGUAUCCGUCCUCUCGUACCAGAACUGGACUCUGAGUUACUUCUUGACGGCAUUCAACGCCCACAACAAUCUCUGGUACUUCUUCUUCUUCUGCGACUUUGUACUCGCAUUCCUCUUCAUAUCGGGUGCUGUCGUCGGAUGUCGUCAUUACCGCAAACUUAAUGUCUUCAGGCGAUCGCAGGUAACAGAUCUCAACACUACUCCAGACGACAACAAACUCGAAUCAAAUGCGACAAAUGAGACCAAGAGAUCAGUAAAACUGCCAUUUCUUAACAUCACUAUUCCUCGAGUGUUGGGAAGUCUACCACUUCUAUGGAUCUGUUGGUUGUUAUACACAGUGUUAUUGUCGACCAAAAUAUUUGUCUUAAAUCUGCAGAAUAUAACCGUCGAGUUAUAUAAGUCUUCAGUAACUGAGGACUCACGAGUAGAGGCCGAGCCCCACACCGUCCGCCUAUGUCUGGCUCUCAUGACUCUUGUAUUCAUCCUAUGGGUUGAUAUCCAUCGCAAUCCAGCGAACAAACGAUCGCUGGAAUGCAUCAAAGAGUUGGACACCAUUACAGUGAUCGAGAUAUUCGAUUCGAUCGAUUUGUUGGAUCUGUUGCUUCCCGACGGCCCCAAAGACAUGUCCCCCGCUCUACACCACUCGCAAUGGGUAGGGGUUGUCGUGUUGUUGUUGGCGACAAUCAAUCUCAUGCUUCCCAUCACUGGUUUGUUUCGGUUGAGUACAAGUGAUUUCAGUUCCCAUAAACUGGACCUUCGGAUGAAUAUUCUGCACAACUGUUUGCGAAUCUCAAUCAUAAACCUUCCGUAUCUGUUGCUAAGACUUUCCUUUUGGAUCUCAAUUAACAAAGAAAUCUCAAUAUUUCUCUUCAAAAACGCUUUGUUUAUCUUCGUUCACAUCCGACAUAUCAUUACCGAAGUCCACGAAUUGAGAACUUUAAACAAGAAACCCAAAGAAAACAAUGAGUUAUCGUUAGCCGUACUCUCAGAUGACAAUCGCACCGAUACUUAAAGCUGUCAUUGGAUUCACAUACUAUUGGGAUCUGAUUUACACAACCAUUGAACAAAUGUUUUGAACCAAAGAUUACUAAAUUAGUGGC